UCUUUACUUGUUUUUUCUACAAUCUCUUCUGACUCAUACCUAAAUGAGCUUUACUUAUAUAUUUGCGCACCAGCCGUUUGUCAUUUUUACUUUUCCUUCUCCCAUUUUACAAAAUUUUCCACCCAUUCUAUUUCCUCCCUUAUUUCUCUUAUUUUCACACAUUUGCGCAUGCAUUUCGUCUUUUUAUUGCUUAUUUUAGCCUUUUAUGUCCUUCAAAAAAUCCAUUUUUU